UCGCGUAGCAGCGUGACAUGAGUUUUGUGAUUUCGACGAUCAAGCGGUCAGCGAAGAAAGUGACAACACAGAAAACGUUCGUAAAGUUUAAUUCUAGCUGUGUGUAGAAGCACAUGCGUCAUUUAACGCAUUAGUAGAUUCUUUUCGACACAAGAUUGAACGUUGAAGUGUUAAAAAAAAAUUGGAUUAUUAACUCCGAGAAUAAUCUUCACAGUCUUAGGGAGAGAAAAGAGGUUAUCCGUCUUCUGAUUUUCGUCUUUUCGAAACGGUGAAAAUUGUUCAAAUGGCCGGUGCAAUGUUGUUCGAACGGGCACAAGCAGUUUCGAUGACAAAUCGUAGCGAAGGUAUUUCGCUUCUUAACGAAAUUGUCUCCGAUCCGAGUAUCGGUGUUACCGAAGAUGACGAAGAUAACAUUCGGGUAAAGGAACAAGGUAUUCUACAUCUUGGUGAACUUUACAAAAAAGAAGGGAAGGCAAAAGAAUUGGCCGAACUGAUAAAAGCUACCAGGCCUUUUCUUAGUUUAAUUAGUAAAGCUAAAGCUGCUAAGCUCGUACGAUCAUUAGUGGACUUUUUCUUGGACCUUGAAGCUGGUAUUGGUAUCGAGGUUCAGUUGUGUAAAGAAUGUAUAGAUUGGGCAAAGGAAGAACGUAGAACAUUUUUAAGGCAAUCACUGGAAGCACGUUUGAUAGCUUUAUAUUUCGAUACCAGCAUGUAUAGCGAAGCGUUGCAAUUAGGAUCAGCAUUGCUCAAGGAGCUCAAGAAAUUAGAUGACAAACAACUGUUGAUAGAGGUCCAGUUGUUAGAGAGCAAAACUUAUCAUGCAUUGAGCAAUUUGGCCAAAGCGAGAGCAGCCCUUACAAGUGCUCGAACAACUGCCAAUGCAGUUUAUUGUCCGCCCAAAAUGCAGGCUGCUUUAGAUUUACAAUCAGGGAUUUUACACGCUGCCGACGAACGAGAUUUUAAAACGGCGUAUUCAUAUUUUUACGAAGCAUUCGAAGGAUACGACAGCGUCGAGAGCCCGAAAGCUUUAACGGCUUUGAAAUAUAUGUUACUAUCGAAGAUUAUGUUACGUACACCCGAAGACGUUCAAUCAAUAAUGUCCGGAAAGUUAGCCGUUAAAUAUGCUGGACGGGAUUUGGAUGCAAUGCGAGCAGUUGCCGAAGCGAGUCAUCGACGUUCGCUGGCAGAUUUUCAGACUGCUGUAAAAAAGUAUCGAGAAGAACUAGAAGAUGAUGUGAUCGUACGCGCUCAUCUCGGUUCUCUUUACGACGCGAUGCUCGAACAAAACUUGUGUCGUUUAGUCGAACCUUAUUCACGCGUACAGGUUAGUCAUAUUGCGACCUGUAUAUCAUUGCCGCUCGUUCAAGUGGAAAAGAAGCUCUCGCAAAUGAUAUUGGAUAAGAAGCUAAGAGGUGUUCUCGAUCAGGGUGAAGGUGUUCUAAUCGUUUUCGAAGAUACUCCGCGCGACAAGACUUACGAACUUGCGUUGGAUACGAUACACAGCAUGGGGAAGGUCGUCGACACACUUUAUCAAAAAGCGAAAAAACUCACUUAGCCGUAUUUAAUAUAUAUUUCUACCAGCAAAAUUUGUUAUAAUUAUUAUUACCAUUAACUAUCAUUUCGUGUCGUUACGAAUCAAAUUAAAUCACUUUUUCCGAUGUUCGUUAGAUAAUUUAAAACACUUUCCUGCCUUUUACAAUUCUAUUUUCUUUAUAAUAGGUGCCAAUUUGACAAUAUUAUUUGUUUCAAAAUGUGAAAUUCCUACGAUUCGAUUGAAUAUAUUAAUAUAUGUUUUCUUUUGUAUGUUACAUUGUACCCACGUAUGCGUACGCCCGUGU